AUGGCGGCGAAGGGGGAGCCGCUGGAAGUCUUGGAGGAGGCUGAGGAGGGUGAAGGGCAGACCAGGCCUUCGAAGACCGAGGACUUGCUGGCAAUGGUGAAGAAGCUGCAGAAAGAGGGAAGCCUGGAGCCACAAAUAGAAGACCUGAUUAACCGGAUCAAUGAGCUUCAGCAAGCAAAGAAGAAAUCCAGCGAGGAACUGGGAGAAGCCCAAGCCCUCUGGGAGGCCCUGCACAGGGAAUUGGACUCUUUGAAUGGAGAGAAAGUGCAUCUAGAGGAGGUCUUGAGAAAAAAGGAAGAAGCACUGAGGAUCCUCCAGCUGCACUGCCAAGCAAAGGAAAGUGGGGCUCAGAGGCCCCAAGUGGAAGAACAGCUGGACGAUUUGAUGGGCCAGCACAAGGACAUCUGGGAAUUCCAGGUGCUGGAGCAGCGACUGGCCUGGGAGAUCCGUGCCCUGCAGAGAAGCAAGGAGCAGCUGCUCACGGAAGAGAACCUGGCGAGAGGCAAGCUGGAGCUGGUGGAGCGGAGGCUGCGCUCGCCGCCCGCGGUGGAGGGCGCCCCGGCCCUGCAGGAAGGGCUGAAGGUGGAGCCGGAGAAAUUCGGGGGGCAGGUUUCCACCCAGCCCCAGAGCACCUCAGAUGACGGCGCCCACAAAGGAGAGGCCAGCCCGGAGCUGCUGCGCGCCCGCCACGAGGAGGACCUGGAGCCGCCGGUGGACCGUGCCCCGACGCCCCGCUAG